CCUGUCCAUGCCAUUGCGACGCCACGCCCUACCCUGCUCUUUGCUCUCGCAAGUGACAACGUCGAGGAAGUCCGCCGUGUUCUCGAGAGCGGGGAGGCGAACAUCAAUGAUGACGCUGCACCGCAGUCAGCUCUCGCGUUCACCAUCGCCAACGACCAGCUGAAGAACAAGAUGAAGAUGGUUAAGCUGCUCCUUGCGUACGGUGCCGACACCUCCGUGCUGCGUGAUGCAGAGGAAGACGAGCGUGAGGAACGGUCGUCCCGAAGAGGCUCAGGUCGCCUGUCCAGAUUGUUGCAGAACGUGGACCCUGCCACUCGGUACUACAUUGAGCGCGCGGACUCGCCUCAGACUCGCCGCGCUUCCGCGCUGAUUCACAGGUCGUACUUUCGCCCGCUGACGCGGGUCCGAUACGAGCUGAUUGGCCAGGACCGGGUGUUGGAGCAGCUCUUCCGUGUCCUGAGUAUGCCGUCAAUGGCGCCCAUCGUUGUCCUGCUUUGCGGACCAAGUGGCCAUGGCAAGAGCCUGCUUGCGCGUAAAUUCGGGUCUCUGUUGGGCGUGCCCACGCACACAGUCAACAUGACCACUCUACGGGACACUAACGACAUAUGGAAGAGCCAUUCCAUUGCUCCUCAUGAAGAACCCUCGGACAAAUCUCUCAAGGACUUUUUGAUCGAGAAUGAGGGAAAGCGUUGUGUUGUCGUGCUCGAUGCAAGUGAAAUCGAGAAGACGCAGGACGAGAAGAUACUGUCGUCGUUACUGAUGCCAUGGGAGUACGGCCGCUGCUCCUUUGAGGCUGGGUACCGCCACGUUGAUGUAUCAAAGGUGAUCUGGCUCGGCACAUCCAACAUCGGUCACAAUCUCGUGUUUGAGCAUCAAGAUCAGCGCCCCUCGCCAGGAACACAACUUUCUCGCGAGGAGUAUGUCGACCUCAUGGGCCUGCUCCGCCCACGGGUUUCGGAACGGCUUGGACCAUCCUUGCUUUCUCGCGUCACCGCCGUUUUGCCCUUCGUCGCGUUUACAACUGAUGAAAAGAUGGCGCUAGCCGCCGAGGCUCUGCACUCCUUGGUUGGGGAGACGGUGACUGAUAUGCCGCCUGCGACACGGGACCUCAUUGUGCGGACCUCGCUGAACUCAUACAUCCCAUCUGAGGGUGCAAGGUCGCUGUACCGCGCGGUUUCGACUCUGUUGUUGGACACGAUCUAA